AAUGUGGUUUGGUUCACUCCCACCCCCUCCACCCCGCUGACGGGCGUCGGUGUUCUCCCGGCUGGCUGAUCCUCUAACGAGAAACUGCAGCGGAGGAAGGAAGCGUCGUUUAGUUCUGACCCCCGAGGUCUAGGCUUGGGCCCUCAGAGGGUGCGUUCUGGAGAGGCCCAGCUGCUGACAGGGCUGCUAUUCCUGAACACGGUGCAAACACGUGAAGGUAGUUGGAGUCCCCUAGCAAUGGAUAAAUUCGUCCUUCGAACACCCAGAAUCCAGAAUAGUCCUCAGAAGAAAGCUCCUGGAGGAAAGAUUUACAAGCAGGCCACGAUUGAAUCUCUGAAGAGAGUUGUGGUUAUAGAAGACAUAAAAAGAUGGAAAACUAUGUUGGAGCUUCCUGAUCAAACCAAAGAGAAUCUAGUUGAAGCCUUACGAGAAUUAAAGAAGAAAAUACCCUCCAAGGAAGUGUUAAAAUCAACAAGGAUAGGUCACACUGUGAACAAGAUGCGUCAACACUCAGAUUCAGAAGUGGCUUGUCUUGCCAGAGAAGUUUACACUGAGUGGAGAACUUUCAUUGAAAAACACAAGGAUAGACCUUCUAUAGAAGUCCGAAGUGAUUCCAAAACCGAGACAUUUAGGAAAAACGCCCAGAAAUUACUCUCAGAAGCCUUGGAAUUGGAGAUGGAUCACCUACUGGUUGAAAAUAUUGAACGGGAAACGUUUCAUCUCUGCUCCCGCCUCAUUAAUGGGCCAUACCGGCGGACAGUGAGAGCCCUGGUCUUCACAUUAAAGCAUCGAGCUGAAAUCCGGGCUCAGGUGAAGAACGGCACGCUGCCAGUCGGCACGUUUGUACAGACCCACAAAAAAUGACCUGAGGAUGGUUCCAACCCUGGGCUGGGCAGAAAGGAAAAUGGGCCUUUCUCUGCCAUUCAAAGACUCUUUUGAGUUUGGGCGAUGGCUGAUGCUGGCGGUGCUGAAUUUUCCCAUGGUGCCAUUCCUUCAGACAGAGGAUACAGAGAGCCCUGGGAGACAGACCUGCAGGAAAUGCUUCAUUAGCUGGAGUGCGCUGGUGCUGCCUAACAGGAUGUGCGCUUGCUGGCGCUAGGAAGCGCAGUACGGUUGCCAUCACCCCACACAGUGAAAGGGUGACGAGUUCCACUGUGAAUAUGCCAGGGACACCUCUAAACUUCCUCCGUGUCAGGCAGAUGAAGUUACUACUUUAUUUUGCCACCCUGCAGGUAACUGAAACUCAAUUACCACAGCUGCUCACUCAGUUCCAUCCCCCUGAGUUUAGAUAGCUCCAGUGCCUCUCAGAACUCCCCUGUCUGUACUCUUUGCUCUACCCCAGGGGUGAGCCUGUCAGAGCCCGCCAACUACCCCUUCUUUCCAGAACUCACUUAUCUGAACGUUUCAGCUCUCCCUGGAAGACCUGCGUUGGUCUCCAGAGCCCCCAUGCUGAGGCUUCUAAUGAGGAACUGUCCUGAAGCAUCCCCACACCUUGGGGUUUAUUUGAAUAUGUUGGCUCUCUCGGUUUAGGGCUCUGUAGAAGAUACAUAAUGAAAUUGCUCUUGAAAUGAAUUACUGUAGGAGAAAAAUUAUAUACAUAUGUAUUUUCAAAUGAAAUACCCGUAUAUAGACUUGCUUGAACAAUUAUGUAAGUGAUAUUUGCUUUUUUUAAAAAGUAAUAAUAAACUGGGGAUUUUUUGUCCCUAAAACCAAA